AUGUCUUAUCUUUGCUCCCUUUGUAGGACCAGGGUUCUGAUCAAGCAGGAAAAAAGAAAGCAAAAGGAAUACUUUGAAAGGAAUAGGUUAAAAUCAAAAAUGAAAUUACUGGGAGUUUUGUCUCCUACUAAAAAUUCUGCUGUCAGUUUAGACCUUCUCAAUCUUUAUACAGUAAAUCAGAUAUCUUGUAAGAAAAAAGCACCUGAAACUGUAAAAAAACCAACCCAUGUGAAUAUGAACAGAGACAUAAAAAUGCCUCUAAGACAGUAUGACUUAGAACUUCCAGUGUCACCUCAUCAUAUACCUUCUAAACUCUGCCUUGAUGAUACAGAAAACCACGGUAUACACUAUCAAAAACUCAGUAACAAGGUGACAUAUGGCCCAGUUCAGUCAUCACAAGUUAUGGACUCAUAUAGUAUAUUUGAACCUCAGUUCAGCAGAACAGAAAACUGCUGUUUUAGUAUACCAUCCUUUUCAACAGAGUUGUCUUCCGAUAGACAUAUUCCAAAACAAACUUUCACUCCCAGAACAGUGCCUAGACCUCUGACGGUUGCAUUUGAAAAAAAAAAUGAGCAGAGAGAAGGAGGCAGUGUCUCCGAUGCCCCCGAGUCACCCCUAGGAGGCCUACAGCUCUCCAGGGAGAAGGAGGAUGAAGAGGAGGAGAAAGCACAGAUGGAUAGCUCCCAGUUGAUCCACUGUUGGGAGCUUGUGGCACAUCACCUUUCUACACUGCAGUUUUCCCUGCCUCUAGAUUCCGUUUAUGUCUACCACCCCCUCAAGCACACCCUGGUGACCUGUGACAAAGGAGCAUUCAGAUUAUAUCCCUCCUUUAUCUCAGGCCCAGAUUUCUCCAAGGACAACAGCAAGCCAGAAGUGCCAGUCAGAGGUGAUCCCAGGCUUUUCUAUAGCAGCCAAGUUGCUAAAGGUUUCCCUCAUCACGUCUCUGUAGAGCUUCUUUUGGGAUGGAUCCAGCAAAGCCCAUUCCUCCAUGGUGAAGCUCACAGCCACAUCUUCAAAGGUCACUGCCUCCAUUGCGUGGCCUCUGGGUCUCCCGGGGUCACUCCUAUGCGGGCCGCAGCCAGUAGAGGUCACAGCAGGCGUCCAGAAAAUGAGGAUUUCCUUGCCACAAGACCUGGUGUAACUUCGGGUGAAGAUUGGAGAAGCAUGAAUGAAAGACAGUCAGACUUCAUUAUUGAAAAACAAGUAGCACAACGUACCUGGGGAGAAAAUGGAAAAGAAAUUUCAACUUUUCUUAAAGACGUAAACCAGCCAGCUCAUAGUAUUCUAUCAGAGAAUUGUGACUCUUUUGUUGGUCAGAACAUGAUCAAUUUAUUAAGCAUAGAUCAACAAGUGAUACAGAAAACUUUUGACAAGAGUAGUUAUGAUAGUUUGGGAAAUGCUUGUUUAGUCACUAAUUCUGAUGAAAACCAUUCCACUGGUGUAUGCAUUGGGAGCAUUUUUACAGUUUCAGAGUCAACUUGUAGUAAUUCUGCUUUUAAUAAAACAAGUUGUCCAGAAAAAUGUCAGCCAGUCAAGCACAAUCAGAAAGAGCACAACAGUAAUGAAAUACGUGAUCUUAGCACUUUUGAGGAUUGUUACCCAGCCAGUUAUGAAAAUCGAGGAAAACAUGAAAAUGGUUUCCAAGAGAAAACAUCACAGAAAAAUAUCCAGGAAGAUCCAGUGAACUCUAUGUGUAAUAGCCAUUUGGCAGAAUUGCAUCCUAACCAGUCAUGGGACAUUGGACUUGAUGAGAUUCUGAUGGAAGGAGGAACAUGUUCUUUAAAAGAUCUUGAUUCUUCACAGGGCAGUCAGUGUACCAGUUACUCUCCAAGGCCGACAGAGAGUUGUUUCAGUUCUAGUUCUGAGAUGCCAUCUGAAAAUGAAGAACAAAUAUUGAAGACUCAAGACCAAAGUGAAGCCUCAAAUGAGAUAUCCACCAAAACCACAGGAACAAAUAAUAAUUUUUAUCUAGAAAGUAUGGCAGAACUUUCAGAUAAUAGUAUUGAUAACAGCAAUGCCAAAUUUCACAAACAAAAUGAGAAAUUUUACCAGUAUUCAGAUAACACCAAUCAGUUCCUACAAUCUCAGUGUGAUUCAGCACAUGCAUUGAAAAGCAAAGCUAGUAACUGCAUUCUUCAGGUUGUAAAAUGUGACACAGGGGUACAAACAGACAGAGAACCCGUGAUGGAAGAAAAAUUAGAUGCUGCCAUACAGUGUGAUAUACUUUGGAAAUGUGCAUGUGGAAGGGAUGUGUCUUCUCUUCGCAGUGUUGAAGGGUACACUGAAAGCAUUACAGUAGAUACCACUGGAGGGCAGGAUAUCCUUAAGAACAACUAAUAUUCUAAAAUCUCUGCCUAGGAUGUAGCAUUUCACUUGACAAGCAAGAGUAGAUGCUAAGAAUUUCUUAUUGUAUAAUAAGGAAUGAGAAAAUACAGCUAAAUUUUCAGGGUUUAUAUUUAUGGUUCUUUGUAAGACAUUUUAGUAUUUAUGCAUUUAAUUUUUGUAUGGGCAUUUCUUUAAAAGCUUUAGUGUAUUUAAAGUGUUCAGAAAAUUAUACUUCAAGUUUUUAGAAAUUAUACUUGUAAAUAUUC